AGGCUCCUUUAUCUUUUGUGAAUCCACAUACUUCGACCAUCUCGGUCUUAGCUAGAAGCUUUGAAUUGCUUUAGUUUAUCUCUCUCUUUCUCCAAUUCCUAGCCUGAUGUGAUUCUCCACCUUAUAUCUCAUAAAAUCUCAUCAAUCCAACCUUUUCUUUACAAAAGAAAGAGAAUUUAUUUGAGAAGGCCAAGGGCAUAUAUCAAAAAGCUAGAAAAUUUAAAGAUCACACUUCCAUCCAUGGCUUUCUCUUCUGUUCCGCUCUAUCUUGAUCCUCCCAAUUGGCCAAACCAUCACCAACAGCAAGGAGAUGGGGUUGAUGGAGCAACUGGGAGUUCCUCUCUGCUUGUGCCGCCUCUGCCGCCGCCGCCCGGUGGAGGUCCGGUGAGGCCCGGCUCGAUGACGGAGAGAGCUCGGCUGGCCAAGAUUCCUCUCCCGGAUGCGGCUCUCAAGUGCCCUCGCUGCGAUUCCAACAACACUAAGUUUUGCUACUUCAACAACUACAGCCUCUCUCAGCCGCGCCAUUUCUGCAAGACUUGCCGGAGGUACUGGACGAGGGGAGGCGCUUUACGGAACGUCCCCGUCGGCGGCGGCUGCCGCCGCAACAAGAGAAGUAGCAAAGUGAGCCGAUCCAAGUCACCGGCUAGAGGCGAGCAGCAAAGCAACAAUGGAGGGCCCUUGGCGAACUCGAACCGUAACGCGAAUAUCACGCGCGCCGGCGACAUGCUGACGGCUCAUUUGCCGCCGCAGCCGCCGUUCUUGCAGAGCGUGAGCGGCUUCGCGGCCACCCCGGAUUUAGGGUUACAUUACAUCGGCGGAAACGAAAUGGAAUUUCAGGAGGGAAACAACUCCGCGACGGCUGUGAAUCUGUCGGCUCGGUUCGCCGAUCUGUUUCGGCUCCAGCAAGGAAUGACGCAGCAGCUUCCGUACCUUUCCGGCUUGGACCAGCCGCCUCCCGGCGGUUGCUUUUACCAAUUCGAGGAGGCUGGAGCCGAUCAAUACGGCGGAGACCAGCUAGGAGUCAAGGGUUUUGAAAGUGGCGGCACCGCCGCCGCAUUUCUCCUUCACCACCAUCACCACCAUCAGUCGGCUGCCGGAAACGUGAAGAUGGAAGAUAACAACAUGAACAAUGGGAUGAAUAUUUCAAGAAACUUUCUGGGAAUUUCGGGAAACAACAAUAAUGACAAUUUCUGGACUGGGAAUAAUAAUAUUAAUGGAUACACAACAACAGAUCUGUUGCCUGCUGCUGCUGGUUACGCUUCUUCUACUACUAGCCGCCUUCUGUGAGUUUUUUUUAAACGUAAUUCCUUUUUUUUUUUUAAUUUAAUUUUCUGGAAACCCUAGCUAUAUAUCUUUUUCCAAAUUUACACACUUACAGUUUGGGUGGCUUGAGGUUUUUUCUAUGAGCUAAGUUAAUUAAUAUAUGCAAAUUGUGAUGUACCGUACAAGACUACCAGGAAAGGAAGGAAGAUGCAUCUGAAAUUAAAGUUGUAAAACCCUUUCUUUGAUUUCAAUUUUGAUGGUACAUACGUACGUACCACUUUUUUGUAUUUCUUUAUUUGUGUAUUAAUUUAAUUAUAUUCUAGUUAAUUUAUUGAUAUGGCUUGUGUACAUGUAUAUAUAUGCUGUAUGCAAGUCCAUGGAGUAGUCUCAUAGGUUAUCUUAGCUAUGUGCUCAUGAUCAUCAAUCAUCAUAUAUUAUAAGCAAUAUAUUAAUUAUCAGAUGCAAUGUCUUUAAU